CAGCCAAAGCGUGAAUUUGACUUCUCUUCCUCACGAUUUCUAGUUCCUUUUAACCCUUCAAUCCCGACAAACUCAUAACUUUUCCACAUAUCUCAAAAGUAGAUCUACUACUUCAGAACAAAUCCAGUCCUGUAAGUUUACUCACUAUAUUAUAAUCCUCUUUAUUUCACAAACUAACCCGUCACCAUCAGCCUCGAAUUCACAAGUACCCCACGACAUUCACCAACCCAUUUUCCAAAUAGCCUCAAUCUCAAAAUGUCCGACAACGAAGGAAGCCCAGCUGGCGAGAAGCCCGAAGCCCCCGUCUCCGAGCACUUGAACAUCAAGGUCACCGAUAACAAUAAUGAAGUCUUCUUCAAAAUUAAGCGCUCAACCCAGCUGAAGAAGUUGAUGGAUGCUUUCUGUGAAAGACAAGGCAAGGCACCAAACUCUGUUCGAUUCCUUUUUGAUGGUAGUCGUGUUCAAGCUACAGAUAGUCCGGAUAAGGUAUGUUGUCAUUUUUAUACUUUAUGCAGUGUUGGACUUUUUUUAUCUGAUGAAAGAUAUUCUUGCGCCAUUGUGUCGCAUCACUUUCUACUAACACAUUUCACUGUAGUUGGAUAUGCAAGAUGGCGACACUCUCGAGGUUCAUCAAGAACAAAUCGGUGGCCAAUAAGCCAUCCCUUUCUCCUACAUUCAAUUCACACGACGAAACGAUACCUUAACAAUUCGACAUGCGCACAAUGGGGACGGGCGAAAUGGUACCAGGGCUUGGGAUAGCUUGGGAGAUGACAGAGAGCUCAGAGUAGGGGGAAGAAUGUGUAUUGCUGUGUUAGCAGUUAAAUAUGGAGUUAAUAUUUAACUGCUAACAAAGCGAAAACAAUCUUUUGAUCAGGGCUAUUUUUUUCUUGUGUUUGGGGGACGACUCGUCAAUUUUACAUCUCCAUAUUGGCGCGUUCUAGGCGGGCGUCAAAUAGUGUUUCUUCAUACUUCGAGCAUAUCUUCUGGCUGCAGUCAAGGAGGGUGGGAAUCUAGAUGCUUGUUUUCCUUAGGCCGAAAAAAUUGAAGAUGUUCUCUAAUUAUGUUGGGUUUCUGGUGUGUACUCUGGAUGUGUGAUAUUUACACAAUGUAUUUCAAACAUAGGCUCUUUUGUUGUCUGCCACAAUGGUCCUUCAAAUACACCCUUUCACACAACGAGGUCCUAACAUAACUUCUCCAAAUCCUACCUAGGCACUGAAUGACCUAACACCCUGAACAUUUA